UUUUUAUCAAUGCAUUUUAUAAUCUGUUUGACUUUAUUGCAACGAUGAUAUCAACAAGCGGUCCGGAUGCAGGCAACUCUUCGGCUUUGUGCCAGUUUCAGGGGUUUUGUCUCCAGAUGUUCCCCAUGGCAGAUGUUUUAUGGACUGUUGCAAUGGCGGUUGACGUUUAUCUCGUUGUAUAUCAUCGCUUUGAAGCGGAGGCUUUACGCAAGCUUGAAAUUUACUAUAUUACUAUUAUUACGGGCGUUGUAGCUAUUCCUGCGUUGGUCUUUCUUUUUAUCCAUACUCUAGACAAGGGUCCUAUUUCUGGUGCUCAAUUUCUCCUAAUUGGGUUCUCUUUCGGAUUCUGUUUUACUACGGGCCAAUCUGUAUUGAUUCUAUAUAUCCUUGUCGGAGUCAAAGUUGUUAAGCUCCGGCAUCAAUUUAAUGCUUCUCAUGCAGAUCACAUCGCACUCUCUUCCAACAUCUCGACAAAAAACCACUCCUUCGACCACCCGAGCAACACACUCGCCGUUACAGUCGAAGUCAAUAUCCGAACCCAACCAUCUCUCUCUUCACAUCCAGACCAGAAAGGGCCCCAAUCCUUCAUCGAACAAAGCGCACUUCCCUCCCACAUGGUCCUCGAUUACAACCACUCCAAGCAGUCACAUGUCUCAUUCAGACAGUACAUCCUCAUGCCAAUGGUGUUUUUCCUAGUCCUGCUGGCAACAUGGGUUGCUCCCACGAUCAACAGGAUAUCCGCAUUUGUGAAUCCAAACCAUUCUUCGUAUCCGCUGAUGGUUACUGUUGGGGCAAUGGGAUCCCUACGCGGGUUCUGGAAUGGGGUUGUGUUCAUUUCGAUUGGAAUGAAGAGUUGGAGGAGACAGACAAGACUGCAGAAAUGGAAACUUUCUGAUAAGGUGAAAGGGAUGGCACCAGCGAAACCCAGAGCGCCGAGAUAGACUCAUAUCAACACG